AUGGCAACAACUGGCCAGAAGAUUAGGAGAAGGUCCAGAGGGAGCAUAUCGGAGGACGAGACGGGAUCGAGACCGGAGAACGUUGAGAAGAUUCGGCACCGAACAGGAUUGAGAGUUUGGGCAGUCGAUAGCCCCUUAGCCCCACCCCCUGCAGAUGCUUACCUCAGCGACAAAUCAUGUUGCGCCGCUGGGCAGCUCAAAGUCAACUUCAAACGUGCUUGCUCCGUGCCACCACCAGCAACGGCAGCAGCAGCAGCACCACCAUCAUUACCACCACCACCACCACCACCACCACCACCACGUCUGCCGACCAACAAUGUCGACGAUGUCGACGACGUCCCAGCUCCAUCAUGGCGCAGACAGUCCGACGAUUCCAUUUCUUCGACGGAUCGCCUCAGGAUAGCAAAUGGACUGGCCUGGAAACUGCAACUGGAACUGGAACUGGAGCUGCGACUGGAACUUCUUCGUCUGACCCCCUCAUCCACAUGGUCCCGAGGCUCCCUCCUCUCGGCAACCCUCCGCUCCUGA